AUGGUGGCGUCGAGCACGCUGAUGAUCCUGGCGUAUUUCCGGCAUAACAAGGGCGACGGCGCCGCUUCCCGACAGUCCGAUGUCCGGAUUCUCCGGCCUUGUCUCUGUUCAGGUGGGAAUAAAGAUCGGAAGAAGAAGCAGAAGAAGGUUCAAUUUGCAGAGAACGUGAAGAAGAAAGCGACGGAGGCGGAGGAGACGAAGAAGAAGAUGACGGCCAGAAAAUUGAAGAAAAAUAGAUGCAGAGGCAGCUUUCAAGGAAGCCAGAUGCCGGAGAAUCGUGUCGCUCUUUAUAAUGGAAUUCUCAGAGAUCGAUCUAAUAGAAUGGGCUUUUCUUACUGA